CGCCGACCAACGAAAAGAGCCCUGCCGAAAAUCAUCGGUCCAGAUCUAGAAUGUUUCCCGCAUGUAGGCAGUACGUAUGUGCAUACACUAAUUCACACGUACACCGCAGAGCGCACAACAGCCGAGCGACCCGACAGAUCUUGCAUUUCGGCCGGCCUCCUACUAUCACUAAUUAUAUGCGCGGGAUGGACCACCCCUCCUUGUUGAUCACGGCGCCCUUCCCGAUGCAGGAUGGGCUUUCUCUCUCGAGAGCUUCUCAACUACCAUCAUUUCCCCUUCUUCACCUUCCCACUCCCCCUCCCCCACCGCAGUCAUUUCUCCCCCAAACCAUUUGGCCCCUUUUCCAGCCGCGACGGACCGGAAGCAGACGGACGACUUUGCCAUUCGACGACACCUGACACAGCCAUUGCCUCGUUCCGGUCAAGCCGUCUGUCUCUUCGUAUUUGGGGGGGUUCUGGAAUAUUUCGCGUAAUAGAGCUCUGUUGUCGACGAGCGAGAUGGUCACCCUCGAGCAGAUGCGGUCAUCGAAUGCCCGCAUCCCAGAAUGUCUCCCUCCCGGCGUCGUUGCCGUCUUCGUUGGCGGGACCAGCGGAAUCGGCGAGGCCACCAUGAAGCAGUUGGCCAAGUACGCCGUUCAACCGCGCAUCUACUUCAUCGGCCGCUCCGAGCGAGCCGCCGCGCGCAUCAUGGACGAGCUGGUGGCCAUCAACCCUGCAGGGGAGUACCACUUUCUCCAGGCCGACCUGUCCCUGCUCCAGAAUGUCGACCAGGUCUGCUGCGAGAUCAAGAGCCGCGAGUCUCUUAUCAACCUGAUCUUCCUUACGUCUGGCACCUUGGUGACCGGCAAAGAAACUUGCGAGCGUCUCUACUACCCGACCGCGGUGACUUACUACGCGCGCAUCCGCCUGAUCGUCAACCUGCUCCCACUACUUCAAAAAGCUCCCGCGCUCCGGCGAGUCGUCUCCGUCUUUGGCGGCACCAAGGAAGGUCCGGUCACGGUCGGCGACCUGCAGGGCCGGUCGCUGGCCCUGCCGCCGCGGUCCGCCUCGCCCAAAGGCCGCCACGGCAAGGACGACAACAGCAGCAGCAGCAACAGCAACAACAACAACAAGUCCCACCUCCUCCAGCUGCGCGCGCACACGAGCUCCAUGAUGACGCUGGCGCUCGAGUCGCUGGCGCUCGAGGCGCCCGACGUCAGCUUCGUCCACUCGUCCCCGGGCUGCGUGCGCACCCACCUCGGCCGCGAGGUCCGCGCCGCCUCCGCCGUCGGCCUCGUCCAGGUCGUCCUCAACAAGGUCGUCGGCCCCAUGGUCGCCGUCGGGCCCGACGAGGCCGGCGAGCGCCAGCUGUACCUGGCCACCAGCGGCCGCUUCCCCCCCGCGCGGUGCGGGGGGCGCGCGCGCUACUCCGGCGCCGGCGGCGGCAGUGGGAGCGGGGGGAACGGGACGGGGACGGCGGGCGUCGAGCUGCGCGAGGGAGACGGGGUCGCCGUCGCGCGGGGCACCGACGCGCGCGUCGGCAGCGGCGUCUACUCGGUCGACUCGGAGGGGGAGCCGCAGGGGGUCAAGGCCGGGGAGACGAUGCGCCGGUUGAGGGAAGCGGACCUGGUGAGGAGGCUGUGGCUGCACACCGUGGGCGAGUUUAUACGCGUCACGGGCACCGAGUUUGUGUGAACCACCAAUUCCCCUAAUUACUCUCUCUCUCUCUUUCUCUCUCUGUUUCUCUCUCUCUCGAUGGGCGGAGGAAAGCCGGUGGCUGAUAAUUAAUCCGCGGCUGGCUCUGCUGUGGUAAUUAUCAAACUGACGAGUUGCCAUGAUUAGCCGGGUUACGACUAAUUAUGCUUCCUUUUGUUUUUUUCUCGCUUCCUUUUCUUUGUUCCCCAUCGUUUUCUUGUUUUCUUGUUCUCUCUCUUUUUUUUUGAACUUGAAAGCCUAAUUAAUUCCAGCUCGCUCCGAACUACCAACCGAAGUUACUGUACUUAAAUACAGUACUUGAGUUCUAAUUUCCUGUAAUUACGUUUUGGAGAAAGCGCCUCCAUUAUUAUCUGAGAUGAUAUCACCGUCAGGUGACGUGGCCUUCCAUCUUGGCAUUGUAUUAUAGAGUCAUCACUCUCUUGCGAUUGCAGGUGUUUCAAACAUUUAAAUUAGGGAGAGAAGCACGGCCGCUUUUGA